CCUGGCCCCCAAAUUCCUCGACGGGAUGAGGCGAUGACCAUCUCCUCCACACCACCAUUUCCGACAUUUUCCCCUUCCGAUUGCUUUCGUCUUCCCAGCUUUAGUUUGCAGGUUUGGCGCUGGGUUUCAAGGCAUAUUCGUCUCCACUCUCUAAUGGACAUAAAAGGAAAGAGAUUGAUGAUGUCUGACUAACCCCACAGACAAACCCCAAUUAUUCGUUGCGGUUUCUCGCCUCACAGUAAGUUCUAGAUUAUGAUUUAGUUUUAACAUGUAUUUGUAUAUGUGAAAUGCUGGGAAAUGCUAUGGUUUGUAUUUGAACAUGUAUUAUGAUAGUAAUCUUUAUCCAU